AUGUCCAUCCCCAGUGCCCCUCCUCCGUAUGAGGACCGCAACCCCCUCUACCCUGGCCCCCCACCCUCUGGGGGCUAUGGGCAGCCAUCUGUCCUCCCGGGUGGGUACCCCGCCUACCCUGCCUACCCGCAACCUGGCUACGGUCACCCCUCUGGCUACCCACAGCCUAUGCCCCCCAUCCACCCGAUGCCCACAAACUACGGUGACGGCUAUGGUGGGGAAGAGAGAGCAGUGAGUGACAACUUUGGGCCUGGAGAUUGGGAUGACAGGAAAGUCCGACACACCUUCAUCCGAAAGGUUUACACCAUCAUCUCCAUCCAGCUGUUGAUCACAGUCGGCAUCAUCGCUAUCUUCACCUUCGUGGAACCAGUUGGCAAGUUCGUGAAGAGAAAUGUGGCUGUCUACUAUGCAUCCUAUGCUGUCUUCCUGGCUACCUACCUGACUCUUGCGUGCUGCCAGGGACCCAGACGCCGUUUCCCAUGGAACAUCAUCUUGCUGACCCUCUUUACUCUUGCCUUGGGCUUCAUGACGGGCACCAUUGCCAGUAUGCAUAGUACCAAAGCUGUCAUCAUUGCAAUGAUCAUCACUGCCGUGGUGUCCAUUUCAGUCACCAUCUUCUGCUUCCAGACCAAGGUGGACUUCACCUCAUGUACAGGCCUCUUCUGUGUCCUGGGAAUCGUGCUGAUGGUGACUGGGAUUGUCACUGCCAUUGUGCUGUCCUUCAAAUACGUUCCCUGGCUCCACAUGCUCUAUGCUGCUCUGGGGGCCAUUGUUUUCACCCUGUUCCUGGCUUAUGACACACAGCUGGUUCUGGGGAACCGGAAGCAUACCAUCAGCCCGGAGGACUACAUCACUGGUGCCCUGCAGAUCUACACUGACAUCGUCUACAUCUUCACCUUUGUGCUGCAGCUGGUGGGGGAUCGCAAUUAAGGAGCACAUCCCUGUUCCACCCCACCCUGGGCUCUCCCUUCCUAGAGGGCUGGGCCCUGUGACUGGGAUCUCGGCCUCAGACCCUUUUCUGCCCUUCAAGUGAUAUGCCCAGUUUCCUUUUGGCCCUGGGGGUGGUGGCCUCUCUGGCUGUGGAUGUUGUAGUUACCUGGUGGGGCUGGAAGAGCCAGGACUGACUCUUGCCCUUGGUGGGCUCAGCAGGGACUGGGUUGAAGAUGUGUUUUCUCUCCUCUAGCCACUACAUGGCACCAAAUUCUUCUUAACACCUGGAGCUGAGGGGGAGGGCAUGAAAAGAGCCUAUUUCUUGUAGCUAAAAGGGAAUAUGAAAGGGGGAGGUGACUUUAAGGUGAUAAAGUUUCCCCUCCCAUCUCCACCACAGGCUUCUAGGCUAGGUAGCUAUAGCUGUCUCCUCCCUCAGCUCCACAAAGCCAAGAGCUUUGAUCCAGUCACCUGAACUUACAGACCAUUGUCCUGUGCUUCUUUUGCAACCCGUGGCGCCUGCCACUCAGAUCUGGGCACCUGGGCCUCCCUGCUUCACCCCUUCUUCUUUCAGUAUGUGUAUAUAUUGUUUAUCUGGGUGGAGGUAGGAAGAGAAAGCAAGCAAAGUACAAGGGCCAAUCAGAGCAGCACCUGUCCCGGGCACCCUCAUAGCUUGUGGUGGCGGUAGAGAGCAGGUCCAUUUUCAGCCAUCUGGUCCCCAUUCUCCAAAGCUGCUUGGGGCCCCCCCGGGUGGUUCUGAGAUCUCUGUGCUCAGGCUGCUCAGAGCAGAAAGUGAGGGGCGGAGGUCAGGAGAUGGGUGGCUUAUAGGAUUAUAGGUGUGGCCAGGAAGUAACAGGGUGAAGAGAGACUGGGGUGGGGGCAGAAAAAAAUGCCUUGGGGCCCCCACCCUGUCUGAGCGAUAGAUCUGAGCCUACCGUGGCUCCCACAAAGACUUCUGUGUUCUAUCCUCCUGCUAACCGCGGGAGGAUCCUGAGGUGACUUCCUCUCUGUUCUUACUUCCACUGGGCGACUUGAGCCCCGUCACCUCAGCAAACCACCACUUUCUUAACACAGGUGCCUCAAGCUGGAAUGGGGGGGCAAGGGUCACUCUAUCAGGUGGGGGUGGAAGGCCUGUCGGCCCAAGGGUGUAUUUAUGACUUCUCUAUUACGUACUUGGUCCUAAGUAUAUCACACAAAGGGAUACAACCAAAAAUGUAAUAAAAGAUUUAUGUUUAGAAAUUAAAACCCUGUAUGGCUCUGGUGUUCUGUGAAGUUGUCAGCUGGGGAGUGGCAGUCUGGCUCUGCCCAAAGCAUCCACUUCCUACUUUGCAUUCUGGCUUGGUUUCUCCCAUUUUCUAAGAUAAUCUGAUACACCUUCCCCCAGCAAUUCCUGAUGAUGGAUGCCAUAGGCUAGCAAAGUCUCAACCCCUGGGGAGAGGGGAUGUUCAAUCUUGGCAAUACUGGAU